ACUGAGCAUGCAGCGCGCUUUGAUCUGGUAUGGAUGAUGCCGGAGCUCCGGAUUCCUCUUGCAUUGUAGAUCGCGAGCAGGGAGGAAUCGGUCAAGAGAAUGGCGCGGCGGCAAUGCAGGAGGAGCGAUCGGGCGGCGAGCCAGCGCCCGAUGUUCCAGAGAUUCCAGAGAUCGUCUUGACCAAGGCGCUGUGGCGGCAGAUUAGGAGCUUGCAAGAGACCGAGAAAGAGGUACAAGAGAGGCUAGAGAGGCAGAAGGUCCAGCAGCUGGUCGACAAGGUAGAAGACGAGGUGGAGUAUGAGGGAAUUCUGGACGAUGUGUGCUCGAGGAUUAGAGCCGAGGAGGAGGCCAUGGAGGUGGAGCGACGAGAGCGUGAGUGGGAGCUCGAGCGUAGAGAGCAAGAACUGGAAGAACAGGUGGAAGUGUUGAAGGAUAGAGUUAAGAGAUUGGAGGAAGAGCUUAGAAUGGCACAGCUUGAAAGCACGCCGGCCGAUGUGAUGCAGAAGAUGCUCCACGAGGGGGAUGGAAAUCAAGCUCUGAUGAUCGAGAAUGUGGUACCGAAAGAUAUCGAAGUGCUCGAUGGUGGUGGUGGUGGUGAUGGUGAUGGUGGUGACAAGCCGCUGCCAAAUCCCACCCACGACAUCCUCGUCGCGUUUGAGGACAUGCUCAAGGAGGCGGACGAGCGGCACGAUCGAGAGAAGAAAGCUAUGGAAGAUACCAUUCUCGAGAAAGAGAAGACCGAGAGAAAGUUUCGGCACGAGCGGUACGAAUGGCGUGCUCGUCUCAAGCAGAUGGAGAGCCAGAUGCUGGCGAUGGAGAAAGAGAUUGGACGCGCUUCCGGACUGCUGAAGGAAAGAGAUUCUGUCGUGGCGAUGGAGAAGGAGCGGAGACUGGCCGCGGAGGAAGCGGCUGCAAAGUUUUCUAGUCUGCUCAAGGAUGAAAGGUUGGCGCACAAAUUUGCGACGGUAAAGCUCAAGAAGGUCGAGAGUUUUUUCAACAAGCUGAAGGACAGGAUAGCGAGAGAGAAAGCUGGAAAUGCGAGCAGUGCCUUCCUCACGGAACUUGAGAAAGAAGUUGGGAGGCUCUCGUCGAUUUUCAGCGUGAAAAAAGACUUGCACAAGGCGAUGGAAGGCGAGCAGUUUGAAGCGUUGAAGAAGCAGCGUGACGCAGCCGUGGCCGAGAGAGACAAGCUCGAAGAGAAACUUAACCGGUUGCUAAAGAGGUCUAGGGAUCGAGAGGCAGAAAUCGAUGCGAUGUGGCUUGAACGGGAGAAGUUGCUUAUCGAGAAGGUGACUUCACUGGAAGAGAGGACGGAACGGUAUGAAGAGGAUAUUGCGUUGGAGAAAAGAUCGCGGAGACAAAAUGCCGGAGAGUACCGGAAGGAUUGGGAUAAUGAAAAGAGUGCGCUGGAGGAAGCCGUUCGGGAUAGAGAAAAUGCGCUAAAAGCACAGAGAGAGGAGACUCAACGUCUUAUAGAAGAGAAGGACCGAGAGCUUCAUACGCUUAAAACGGUGCACCAACAGCUGCUGCGCGACCUUGCUCUGUAUAAGAAGCAUAAGAAGCAGGACCUUGAAGAACGAACCGACUCUUCUCAGGAUACCAGGCCGGAACAAAGUGUCGACCAAAGUGGCGAUGCAAUGGCUGUGGACCUUGAGAGACAUUCAGAAGGAGCUUCAAACAGAUCGGACAGCGUGGGAACAGAGAAGGCGAGUUCCGAAAGAAGCGAGCUGGAAGAGAAAGUUAUUGACACACUAUCGCUGGUGGAGGAGCUGAAAAGCAAAAUGAACGAGAAGGAAAGCCAAAUGCAGUGGGAAAGAAAGCAAAUGGAGACCAUCGUAACCAACAGGACUGCUGAAGCCGAAAGCCUGAGGAGACAGCUCGAGUCAAAGGAGCUUGAGAUGGAAACUCGGGUCGACAAAUUCCGGAGCGAAAUGCAGCUUAUGGAACGGGAGCUUGAGAAGGAAAGACUGGAGAGAGAAAGUGUGCUUGCAUCGAAGGGGAAGCUAGUGGCAGAGGUGCAGAAGAGAGUGAACGAGAUGGUGCAAGAGCUGUCAAGUUUGAGGUUGGAGUUGCGCAAGAAAACGGAGGAGCUUGAUUGCUUGAAAAGAGAGAAAAGGAUGGAAGAAGCUCGCAUUUCGAAGGUGCUUGUGGUCCAGAAAGAGCUCGAAGACGAAGUCUCAAGGUUGCAGCACGAGAACGCGGAGCUAAGUUUUGCAGUAGCAGCUCCAGAGAACGGCAUGGACAGUGAACGGACAGGAGACACAAGCAGCAGUUCUGGUGACAAGAGACACGAAGAGUGGCAAUUUGCUCUGGAGAAGGUUGCCGUAUUCGACAAGCAGAUUAGCGAGGCAAUGCUUGCGAUACAAAACCUGCGGGAAGAGCUGUGCGUGAAGGAGGCUGAGCUACAAAAGGCCAGGAGUGAACCCGAACUGGAGCUAGAAAGACGGGAAGAAGCGUGGACGCAAGAACGAGAACGCCAAGAGGCAAUGUACGCACAGAAGGUGGAAACUUGGAGGAGAACGGAGCAGAAAAUUCUGGCCGAGAAGACGGAGCUGCUAAAGGUGCUAGAGACGGAGCGCUCUGAGAGCUCCGAUGCGAUCGCGCUCUUAAACGGGACCAUCAGAGAACUGCAGUGGACUUUGAUGAGGAAAGCUCCGGACGAGAGCGUGGAUCACUUGUUCAAGAGCACGCCAAAAGGUGACAUGGUUAAAGUUCACGCUUCUCACUUGAACGAGGUGGAUCAGUACAUAUGUGAGCUGAAAGGCAAGGUGGUGGAGCUGGAGAGAUCGAAAGUGAAGAAGCCAACGAGAGAGGAAGAGCUGGACGAAGCCUUGCUUCAUGUGGAGAAGGAGAUGCUGAGCGUUUCUCCGGAUAGGAGGUCCAGGCUGAUCAAAUAUGGUUCUCCGCCGUCAGUGCGACCGCGAGCAGUCGAGAGAAGCCUCACGAGCUUGAUGGUCCAACCGGGAACUUCGAGUGAUCGAUCAUGGAAUCCUCUAAGCUGCGUGUCCAGGGAUAACACGAUCGAGGACCGAUGGACUCAUGAAUUGCCGGCUCCGGAAGCUCUUUCUCUGGCAGUACCACCGCGGCAGCAGAAAAAAUGGAUAGUUGACACUUCCUGGCUCGAUCAAGUGCGAAAGGAGCACUCGUUUCUAACACAACAGCUUGCUUUAGAGCGUCAGAGACUCGCAGCUCUUGGCCAGGUCGAAGCUGAGAAUCACUGGCUGGAGGCGAUGAUGCUGAGAGCCUUGGAGCAAAAGAAAGAAUGCGAGCUCAAGCUUUCACAGCUUCAAGACAAGAUUUCUCCUUGGAGCCAGAAAAGAGUCGCAUUGACGAUGCUGCGUAGUGUUGACCAGCGCAGGCUUGCGAGGCGAUUCGUCGCGCCUCGGCUGCAUUCUCUCCAUUCCUUUUCUUUCCUCCAUCAGAAUGCUCCCGCAGGAGAAGCCGCGACGCCGAGCUUCGCCCCCGAUCAUGCCCUCCAGGAUCGCAAGGCCGCGGCAUUUCGAGGAUUGGGGCCUUUUGGCGUCGUCCAAGGAUUGGCGGAGGAGAAAUUUCAGGCCAGCGCUGGAGCGAAAUCCAGGUUUCUGUCUAGCUCCACCAGGUUUCCUUGCGCGCCAUCGCGCUCGUCGGCAGUCCAGGUCGAUGAGGACGAGCCGGAAGAAAAGCCGGCCAAGCACGAUCCAUCUCCGGAGGAAUGCGACCAGGCAGUGGAAGGAUUGAGCUCCGCCAAGGCCAAAGCGCUCACCAAAGAAGCUCCAAAGAAAGUUAGCGUUGUGACAAGGGUGUGGAACGCUCUGAUCGGGAUUGGACCAGCGCUCAGGGCCAUCGCUUCUAUGAGCAGAGCGGACUGGGCUGUGAAGAUCAAAGGGUGGUCGAAGUCUCUCAAGGAAACUCUGCAGCACUACUGGCUCGGGACAAAGCUCCUGUGGGUUGACGUGAGGAUCUCGUCGCGGCUUUUGUUAAAGCUUCUCCGGGGACAGACUUUGUCUCGCCGCGAGAGGAAGCAGCUGACGCGAACAGCGGCCGACAUUUUCAGAUUGGUCCCGUUUGCGGUGUUCAUCAUCGUCCCUUUUAUGGAGUUCCUUCUCCCGGUGUUUCUCAAAGUCUUUCCCAACAUGCUCCCAUCGACGUUUCAAGACAAGAUGAAAGAACAGGAGAAGCUGAAGAAGAGGCUGAAUGCACGCAUGGAGUACGCGAGGUUCUUACAGGAGACAGUGGAGGAAAUGGCCAAGGAGGUAAAGACAAAGAGUAACAGCAGCGACGUCCAACGGACUGCCGAGGACUUGACUGAGUUCUUAGUGAAAGUUCGAACUGGUAGGAGAGUCAGCAACGAGGACAUACUUGCAUUCGCAAAGUUUUUCAACGACGAGCUGACACUUGAUAACAUCUCCAGGCCCCGGCUUUUAAACAUGUGCAAAUACAUGGGGAUUCAGGCGUAUGGAACUGACGCAUACUUGCGGUACAGCCUUCGUCAAAAGUUGGCUCGCAUCAAAGCCGAUGAUAUAAUGAUUCAAACCGAAGGCAUAGAUUCUCUAUCAGAACCGGAGCUGGUGUCAGCGUGUAGAGAACGAGGAAUACUUGAAAUCACUUCUGUUGACGAGCUAAAACAACAGCUACGCAACUGGCUCGAUCUGUCUUUGAACCAUGCUCUUCCCUCUUCACUGCUUAUCCUCUCGAGGGCGUUCCUCUCUGGCAACCUGAAGCUCGAAGAAGCAGUCCAGGCAACGCUGCUUUCUUUGCCGGAUGAGGUCGUGGAAUCCGUCGGUGUGACGGUCCUUCCAAGCGAAGAUGCUCUGGAAGAGCGGCUACGGAAGAUAGAGUACCUGCAGUCGCAGGAGGAGUUUAUCAAGGAAGAGGCAGAAGACGAGGAAGAAGAACUGGAGAGACGACGCAAGCAAGAGGCAGCUGAACAAGUUGACAAGGCACUAUCAGAGAUGAAGGUGUCUACUGCGCAGGAGGCUGUAGAGCUAGCAAGGGAGAAGCGGAAAGAGCAACAAGACAGACUGUGCAAGCUCAGUAGCGCACUUGCUGUCUUGGCCUCGGCAUCCUCUGUCAGCAAGGAAAGGGGAGAGUUCCUGCGGCUUGUCAACAAAGAGAUUGGAAUCUACAAUAGCAUGCUGGAGGACACAGGCGCGGAAGAGGCGAAAAAGGCAUAUCAGGCCGCAAGAAUGAAGGACAAAGAGGAGGACAAAGACGACGCGUCUACUGGCACGAAGAUCUCACAAGCCUUGAUUUCGAAGGUUGACAGAAUGCUCCAUAAGCUGGAGAAGGAGAUUGACGCUGUGGAUGCCGAGAUUGGAGACAAAUGGAGAAUCCUGGACAGAGACUCGGAUGGUAAAGUCACAGCCGAGGAGGUGGCCGCGGCGGCGAUGUUCCUGAAAGACACCCUGGGCCACGAGCCUGUCCAAGAGCUCGUUAGCAAGCUCGCGAAAGAUCCGGAGGGAAAAAUUCUAGUGGAGGACAUUGUGAAGCUUGGCACCACGGCGGACUCGGAAGUUCUAGCGAAUGAGUUGAAUGAAAGCGCGAAAAAGAAGAAGCAGAAGCAGCAGCAGGAGCAGCAGCAGGAGCAGCAGCAGCAGCAAAAGAGCUGAAAAAAAUUUUGAUCCGAGAAGUUCUAAAUUUUUUCUUUUUCUUCUUUCCUCCAGAGUGAGAAAGAACGAACCGAGUGAGCUCGUUGUGUAUAAAAUGGAGAAGAGAUAUUGUUACC